AUUUUUAUCUCAUUCCAUUCAAUUGUGUGAAGGACUUAACUUCAACAGACUUUGUAAUAGUCGAAAUGUGUUAACAAAAAAACUAAACAAAAUAGUUUUGUUAUUAAGAAAACUCUAAAUCAUCCUUAUAUGUUAUUAGUUACUUAUUUCAAUAAGUUCUUUUUUGAUCAUUAAUUUCUAUUACUUUAUCAAAAUAUUAAAAUAUGGGAGAUUCUGCAGGAAAUUGGUGUCUCAUUGAAAGUGAUCCCGGUGUUUUUACUGAAUUAAUUCGUGAAUUCGGUGCAAAAGGUGUCCAAGUUGAAGAAUUAUGGAGUCUUGAUGAUGAACAAUUUGAAAAUCUUAAACCUAUUCAUGGAUUAAUUUUUCUGUUCAAAUGGUUCCAAGAUGAUGAACCAGCGGGAACUUUAGUUCAAGAUAACAGAUUAGACAAAAUAUUUUUUGCCAAACAGGUUAUCAAUAAUGCUUGUGCAACACAAGCUAUUGUUAGUGUUCUUUUAAAUUGCAAACAUCCUGAUGUAUCAAUUGGGCCAAAUUUAGAAGAAUUCAAAAACUUUUGUCAGAGUUUUGAUGCUACAAUGAGAGGUCUUGCACUUAGUAACUCUGAUAUAAUACGUGAAGUCCAUAAUUCUUUUUCCAGACACACUCUAUUCGAAUACGAUUCAAAACAAGCAACAAAAGAUGAAGACGUUUUUCACUUUGUCAGUUAUAUUCCGAUUGAUGGGAGAUUAUAUGAGUUAGAUGGACUUGAAGACGGACCCAUGGAUCUAGGUCCUUGUCCUCCAGGCGAUCAAUGGGUUCAAGCUGCUAAACCUAUUAUUCAAAAAAGAAUUAACAAAUAUAAUGAAGGGGAAAUUCAUUUUAAUUUAAUGGCUAUUAUAUCAGAUAGAAAAAUGCUUUAUGAAAGACAAAAAGCCAACACAACUGAUCCAUCAGAAAUAGCACGACUGCAAUUAUUAAUCGAAGAAGAAAAUAACAAAUCAAAGCGUCAUAAAUUAGAAAAUAUUCGUCGCAAACAUAAUUACCUUCCUUUAAUAAUUGAAUUAUUAAAAGUUUUAGCUAAAGAUGGAAAGCUCCUUCAUCUUUAUCAAAAAGCUAAAGAAGUUGCGAUCGAAAAAGAAUCAAGAAAAACGAAGAUUAAUUAAUUAUCCUUUUGUAAUAAAUAUAAGGAAUUAUAAAUG